UGCGCCCCGCCCGCGCGGCGGUCGGUGCCCUGUCACCGCCCGCUCUGGCCAUGGCCCCGGCCCGUGGUUUGUAAGUUGGUGACCAAAGCUCUCGACAUGGUCAUGAUGGCGGCGGCGGCGGCCCUGGCUGCGGCCGACCCACCUCCCGCGAUGCCGGGAGCCGGAGGGCCCACCGCCCGCCGAGACUUCUACUGGCUUCGCUCCUUCCUGGCCGGAGGUAUUGCCGGAUGCUGUGCCAAAACAACAGUUGCUCCUUUGGAUCGAGUAAAGGUUUUAUUACAAGCUCACAAUCACCAUUACAAACAUUUAGGAGUAUUUUCUACACUGCGUGCUGUUCCUCAAAAGGAGGGAUACCUUGGAUUGUAUAAAGGGAAUGGCGCAAUGAUGAUUCGAAUCUUUCCCUAUGGUGCAAUCCAGUUCAUGGCGUUUGAGCAUUAUAAAACGUUAAUUACAACAAAGCUGGGAGUUUCUGGUCAUGUGCACAGAUUAAUGGCUGGAUCCAUGGCAGGUAUGACAGCAGUUAUCUGUACUUACCCUCUUGACAUGGUUAGAGUACGCCUAGCAUUCCAGGUGAAAGGGGAACACACUUAUACAGGAAUUAUUCAUGCAUUCAAAACAAUUUAUGCAAAGGAAGGCGGUUUCCUUGGAUUUUACAGAGGCCUGAUGCCUACUAUAUUAGGAAUGGCUCCAUAUGCAGGUGUUUCAUUUUUUACUUUUGGUACCUUAAAGAGUGUUGGGCUUUCCUAUGCUCCUACCCUUCUUGGCAGACCUUCAUCAGACAAUCCUAAUGUCUUAGUUUUGAAAACUCACAUAAACUUACUUUGUGGUGGUGUUGCUGGAGCAAUAGCACAGACAAUAUCCUACCCAUUUGAUGUAACUCGUCGGCGAAUGCAAUUAGGAACUGUUCUUCCAGAAUUUGAAAAGUGCCUUACCAUGCGGGAGACUAUGAAGUAUGUCUAUGGACACCAUGGGAUUCGAAAAGGAUUAUAUCGUGGUUUAUCUCUUAAUUACAUUCGCUGCGUUCCCUCUCAAGCAGUGGCUUUUACAACGUAUGAGCUUAUGAAGCAGUUUUUUCACCUCAACUAAAAAAAAAUUGUGAUUUCUUUUCCUUAAGAAACUCUCAGAGGGAGAAAUAAAAUGUUACUUUAAUUUUGUGGAGGACUUUACUUGAAGGGGGAUAUUUACCCUGUCACAGGAACCACUGGUAUUUUAGUACUUAAUUUUUUUAUUCAUCACGAAUCAAAAGUGCUUACUAUACUUUUUGAUGCCAAAAGUUAUACCUUAAAACAUUGAAAAAAAAUUCCUAAGCUGAUGCUGGCUAAUCAGUUAGGUUACUUGAAACCAUUUAAAUAUGUUAUUUGGAAGUAGAACUAACUUAAAAUGGAAUUCAAGAGGUUGCCAUUAGCUUUAUCUUGCUGUUCCAAGCUUUUACUUGUAAUCAUGAUUUUCAAAGACUCUAACAUUGGUUAUGAUAAUUAUUAUAAACAGGCUUGGUUAUAGUGUAGCAGAAUGAUGAGAAUUGAAUUUUUACGUUAUAUAAAACAUAGCUUAGAUGCCAGCAGUGAAGUAGUAUUUUUAUUAUCUCUUUUCUCAUAAUUCUGCUCCACUGGAUAAAAGGACAAACACUUUUUCUCUUCAUUUUUUAAUAAAAUAAAUGUUGUAUUUAAAAAGUAGCCCUAUAGAGACCCUACAAUAAAUGCAGAAUGUUCAGAUAUUGCUCAAAUGUUAUUACCAGGUACUAUGAGUGAUUUAAACAUGUUUUCAAAAGUCAGUGUAUUUCCCAAAGGCCGUAGUAAUAAAUAUUGAAUAUCUUUGCUCUCAAAACAUAUUAGCAUUAUAGACUUGUUUUUGUUAGAUGAUUUGGUAUAUACUAGAACAUUUAUUUAAGUGGACCAUCGAAUAUCCAUUAAUAUAGAUGUGAAUGUUACAGAAUGUGUCUAAGGUAUUAUGUCAUGAUACAUCAACUAGUUCUUCCAUGUAAAAUAAUUUUAGUGCAAUAUUAAACAUAGGUAGAAAUGUAAAACAUGAUUUGAAUUGCUAUCCUUUAUAUUAAAAUGGUUUAAGAAGUAAGAAUCCCAUUUAUAGUGUUUAGAGUACUUUUUAUGUUUUAUUAUAAGCAUGACAG